AGUCCUCAUUACAUAUUCAAAGAACCUCUCUCUGCCCCGCUGCAAUAAGAAGGCAGAUAGCGGACCAUGGGGAGCAGGGGAAAACUUUUUAUACUGACAUGUUAGCGCAAUGACUUUUGAGUAACAUCUAACUGGGACGAGGCUCCCGGCGUGAGGAGGACAGGGCUCUUUACGGAAAGAAAAAAGGAGCACUUGCCAUCUGCCGGGGUUAAAGGAAGACGGCAAAAGAGUUGAGACCAGCGAGAGUUGAAUCAGCGGUGGGAAAUCCAGUUUAGCCAUUUGAAUUGAAAGAUGAGCUUGUUGUCUGCCAUAGACACGAGUGCCUCCGUGUACCAGCCUGCGCAACUUCUCAACUGGGUCUAUCUCUCCUUACAAGACCCCCACCAGACCAGCGCUUUUGACGCGUUCAGACCCGAACCCAACUCUUCCCACCCGGAUCUCAAUUUCAGCAAGACUCCCGCAGCGGCCGACUUGAGCUCUUCCCUGAACUCCAACUAUCUCAACAACUUCUUUCAGCUGCAGCGGAAUGAGGCCUUAAACAACAACGUGUAUAAGAAUGUGUCACCCUAUGGCUCCCUGAACAACAUCGUGGAUGGACUCAACUCCCUGACGGACCAUUUCUCAGACCUUUCCCUUUCUUCAGAGCCAAGAAAACCCAACAAAAGACCCCCACCCAACUACUUAUGCCACCUGUGCUUCAACAAGGGCCAUUACAUCAAAGACUGCCCUCAGGCCAGACCCAAAGGUGAAGGGCUGACACCCUACCAGGGGAAGAAGAGAUGCUUUGGAGAGUACAAGUGCCCCAAGUGUAAGAGGAAGUGGAUGAGCGGCAACUCCUGGGCUAACAUGGGACAAGAAUGUAUCAAAUGCCACAUCAACGUCUAUCCACACAAACAGCGCCCUUUAGAGAAGCCGGAUGGCCUGGAUGUUUCUGACCAGAGUAAGGAGCACCCGCAACACCUGUGCGAGAAAUGUAAAGUCCUGGGCUACUACUGCCGCCGUGUGCAAUAAUCACCUUUAUUCAGAGUCGGAGAGCAACUUUUGUGUCCCAAGUCCUAUUGCUCAUUCUCCAUUGAGGCUGUUAACUUCCUCCCUGCCCAAUUUCCAUCCAGGUUUCCCACAUCCCCUCCCUGCACACAACAUGGCUUCCUUUCCUCCCCACGUCUUCCCUUCCUUCCCUCAGAAGCCUCACACAUAGACGGUAGCUCUAACCCUCCCUUCUUACUGUCCCUCUUCUCAACCACCCACGGAACACAGAUUUGAGUCAUUAUGCUUCUUUUCCAGUGACAGUAUUGAAGAUAACAUCCAGGAAUGAGAGGAACAUGUUAAAUUAGGAUCAAUAUCUAUCUCUUGAAGUGCUCUUCAUCAAAAGCAAAAACUUGCCAAAAUCAGUUACUUUUUUAAUGCCUCAUGUAUCAGAAACCACAUAACCCCAUUGAUCCAACUCGAUGUUUAACAACAGCUAAUAAUUGCAUUGAUGAAUUAGCACCAGGCAUGUAUUUCAUUGGUGUCACUGACAGCAUUGGUCUCAAUAGAUUACCUCACCUUGGGGUUUGUUGGCUUUGUGUUUACAGAGAUCUGCCUUCCAUUUCCCUGCCCAGUGAAGUAUGUGGUAAUGGGAUGAACGUUUAACCCGGGCCUCUCAUGAUGGUAUAAUGUAUACAAGGCCUUUGAUGUCUUGCCAUAUUAGGGUCAGCAGCACAUCUUAUUAACUGUGAAUUAACUGAGGGACAAUGUGCCAUACAUCCCUAGCUUACAUUUGGCCUAUUUAUUUUCUUGUCGUCUAGUGUGCAAUUUGAAUUUUAACUGGGACAUAAAGAAAUGUUUUUUGUAUGUUUGUAUAUCACAUUAUUUUGUAACUGCUUCCACGUGUCUUUAGAAACUACUGUAUUACUGUAGGUUCAUUUGCGUCGAGUCGCUCCUCGUCUAGAUUUAGUGCGUUGCUAACAGAUAAGGUUUCAUUCACCCUCCCUAGAGUUUUUUUGUUGCCACACAGAUUCUCAAUUAUCUAUAGUGUUAGAUAGGUAUAGAUGUUAGAUAGGUAAGUUGUGUUCAUUUCAAAUCACAAGAAGGUCAACUGCGAAGGAGCUAUAGGAAAACAACAGCGGUUUCAGUAACAAUAAUCUUGCUGUCCACACAGUUUCUUGCCAGUGUCUAAUAUUCCAUUUUUUUCAAAGCAUUGAAAAAAUGAACUGCUUGCCACAAUUUGAUUAGCAUUAUGAAACAUGAUUUUAGAGGUUACACUGUUCACAUGUACACCCUGAUUAGAUUUUAACCACAAAUUAGUCAAAUACAAAAGAGAUGUUUGUUUGAAAGAGAUUCAGAAAGACAUUAGAGUUCCCAUUUUAGUGCCAAUUGAUGCCUGGCAGCCUCAGUGGAGUCAGUGUAGCUGUAAAUGGAAACUUUUCUGAGGGUUUGCACCCUUCGAAACUAUGUCCAACAGCUGAUUGCAGUGUAAAGAGGGUCUAGAGGGAGGUGAAGCUUUGGAGAACUGCAAUGAUUUUCAGGUUGUGGUUAAGAGAAACAAUAGGAUUUAAUAUAGAAGGCUGAUUUGUGAUGCGCUGAUGCUGAAGAUUCAAGGAUAUAUUGAAAGUGAUGAUGAAUUAAGUUCACACUUACAUUCAUUUUUAUGAAUGAAUAAGAAUAUAAGUGCCUACUAUUAUAAACCAAUGUCUUUAAAGGAAGAGAAAUACACACCCUGUUUACUUAUUUCACCGUGCAGACCGAAAGCAUUACAGAGGAUAUUAAUGUAGUUUUGACUACCUGCCAUUCAAGGAAUCUUGUUAUAGGGAUUGUGAACUAUUUAAUAUGUACUGUAUUUCUAGCCUUAUAAAAGCUGGUUGACUAUAUUUUAUACUGUAACAUACUGUAUGUGCCUUAAAAAGAUUUAAAUCAUUCUGAAGUAUCAGGGCUUGGAGACCAUUUGAAAUUGGGAAAAGACAUGUGGGGAUGGGCUCAGAGUUGGAACAGUAUACGUGUGCAUGUUGUAACUGUGAUGCUUAGUAAGUUUAAUGCAGGUUCAAGAUGUGACAAAGGACAAGAAAAUGAUACAGUUCCUCUAUUAGCAGUUUGAACUGGCAUGGUGGGUGUUCGCUUCAAUGAAGUUUGCUGAGUUGGAGGCACGGGCUGAAACUGCAUUUCCAGCUGGCAAUAACAAUCCUACUGUGGUCUGAUGUCAUGGAAUAUCAACAAAGAUGUUAUUUCUUAGUCGAUCCUCACAACAGAACAGAGUCGCACAUGAAACUCUGGACCUCACUCUUUGUUUUUUUUUAUCUAUUGUAGUUAUGUUUAUCCAAGGAACCGUGGGUUUUGUCAAAAAAUACACAUGGUCACUUGCCUUAGUGGGAGAGUUUGCAGUGGCUGAUAAUGGUACCUUACAGUUUUGGGAAAUGUAGCUAAAUUCCAUCUGUAAAGUUAAAGGGGCACUCCAGUGAUUUAGUAUUGCAGAUCCACAAAAUCAAUCCAGCGGAGGCUCAGAUAUCCUUACUUUUUGUCCAAAAACACUGGAUCCUACAAUAGCAUCUUUAAGUAGACUUCCCCUGCCUGGUAAAUGCUCACGUUUCAAACUCCACACCCCCAGUGUGUAACACAGGCUUUUUGUUAAAAAGGUGUCUCCGAGCCCAAGCUGAGAUAACCGUGAUGACAUAAUUAUGACAUCAUCAGGGUUAUUUUCUCAGACUUGACAAAGCUCAAAGACAUUAUACAACUGUUUUCGCGGUCCGAUUAGCACUCCCCGUGAUGAGUAAACUGAACUUCAUGAGUAAAAUUGGUGGAGUGCCCCUUUAAAAGAAGGAAGUUGUGCAUCUAUAUUACCACAAACUAAAGACCUAAUCUGAAUGAUUCUCCUUUCAGCCCACCACUGUUGGGAACUAUCCAGUUUUCUUACUGUUACCAUCGUCUUUCUUUUGCUCUGUGUGAUGACACUAACCUAACAGGUCUUUGCAUCUGAACCUUAUUGUCCACAGCAUACCAUGUGGCUGUAGUGAGAGGAAUAGAUACCAAUGAUGCCUUACGAACUAACCUCAUAAACAAGUUAACAAUGUUAUUGUGAUUCUGGCAGAAUAGAAAUGAGAAAUCCUGUUAAGAGUUUGAUUCCGCCCAGAGACAUGUUAUGGGGAGGCCAUUUUAAAUGGCAAAUCAAGAGCCAAUGGAAGCAGUUGAUACAAUAUAUUUGCAAAAAAGAAAUCUCUGCUUUCAGACGUAAUGUCUUGAAUUACAUAUACUUGACUUUUCUAGUACCUUUUCAGUUCAAAUUUGUUAUUUUCUAUGAAUGAGAUGUGUAUUUUGGAACACUUAAUAGAUGUUGAAAAUUAUAAAGCAAUCUGCAAAAACUCAAGAGUUAUUUCCCUGACAAAGAUAGACUGUUUUAUGUAUAUAUUUGAUGGCCAUCAUUUUCAAGGAUAGUAGCUCUUUUAAAGUGUUAUGCAAUAUUGAAGCUUUUAUGUGUGAAGAAGGGCCUAUUGCUGAGAAAUAAACAAAGCUGGGAGUUUUUUUUUCUUUGUUUUACAAUAAUCUGAGGGGUUAUCCUGCAGAAAUAUUUAUGGAAAGAUUUUUUACAACACUUUUUGUAUAGAAUAUGCAAGAAAGUUACACUAAGAAGGAAAUAUUGAUGUCUACAUAGAAUAUUAUUAAAAAAAAGCUGGUACAUAAUUAAUACCCUUUCUCAAUUAUAAGCCAUUGUAUUUUUGUGUUUUGUUUUAUGAUGUUAUCAGUGUUGAAUAACCCACAAUGUUAUUCAGUAGCUAUAUGUAACUAAUUAUGAGCUGCCAUUUACAUCCAUACAGUCGCACAUAUUCAUUUUGUAAACAAUAUUAUGAAGAUUUGUGUUAACAUGCAGAAAUCUUUUUUUCUUAAUUAGUGACGGAUACUCACCACUGUAUAAGCACGUUAAACUGUGAGAUGUAGUUUGCUUAAAGCAGCAAUGACAAGAAACUAUUAUAAAAUGUUACGGUGUUAGUAGCCUAGGGAGUGUAUACUUUUGUCAAGAAAGCGUGUGUGACAAAGAACUAUUUUAGAGUUUGCAUGUGCAUGUGUUUGGUUUUGGAUGAAAUAUUAUUUUGUGCAAUGUAUACAUAUUUAAAUACUUUACAGUAGUUUGCUACAGUACAUAUUGUUAACAUUAUCAGCAACUUCUGAUUGUUAUUAGUCCUGAAGUAUUUCAUUUACCGCUAGUGUAGCCUCUACGAAUAAUACAUAUUUACUGAAUGUAAUGUGUUAACACUUAUGUGGUCUAUUUGGAAAGUUAUGUUUGUAUUCUUUACUGUCUGUAUCACUUGAGAUGUUUGUAAAUGCAAUAUUGCAAUAAUGUAAUAUUUGAAUUGGACAGAACACAGGCGUGAGGUAGGGAAGACGAUGAUUUUGGGAAACAAGGACAGUCAUGGUUUCGAGAGUAGACCACAGGUCUGUUUUUCAUGUCCAUGAAACGGCAUUCCAAAAUGUGCCUUAUUUGUUAGUUGGGAAAACAUUUUAGUGCUUUAGUGCUGUCAAAAGGUUGAUGAAUAAAAGUCAUAUUUAAUUAGGA